UUUCCUCUCCGCCCAGCCAGUGACCAGCGCGGGGCCCGGAUCCGGCGGGCACUUCCCACAGGCGCCGCAGAGCAGCGUGGGUGCAGGCUGCAGUGGCUGGCGCCGUCCUCGCCCGGCCAGGCCAUGAAGGUAGAGUUUGCACCGCUCAACAUCCAGCUGGUGCGGCGGCUGCAGACGGUGGCCGUGCUGCAGUGGGUCCUGAAAUACCUGCUGCUCGGGCCGAUGUCCAUUGGAAUCACUGUGAUGCUGAUCAUACACAACUAUUCGUUCCUUUACAUCCCUUAUUUGAUGUGGCUUUACUUUGACUGGCAUACCCCAGAGCGAGGAGGCAGGAGAUCCAGCUGGAUCAAAAAUUGGACUCUUUGGAAACACUUUAAGGACUAUUUUCCAAUUCAUCUCAUCAAAACUCAAGAUUUGGAUCCAAGUCACAACUAUAUAUUUGGGUUUCACCCCCAUGGAAUAAUGGCAGUUGGAGCCUUUGGGAAUUUUUCUAUAAAUUAUUCUGACUUCAAGGACCUGUUUCCUGGCUUUACUUCAUAUCUUCACGUGCUGCCACUUUGGUUCUGGUGUCCUGUCUUUCGAGAAUAUGUGAUGAGUGUUGGGCUGGUUUCAGUUUCCAAGAAAAGUGUGUCCUACAUGGUAAGCAAGGAGGGAGGUGGAAACAUCUCUGUCAUUGUCCUUGGGGGUGCAAAAGAAUCACUGGAUGCUCAUCCUGGAAAGUUCACUCUGUUCAUCCGCCAGUGGAAAGGAUUUGUUAAAAUUGCUUUGACCCAUGGCGCCUCUCUGGUCCCAGUGGUUUCUUUUGGUGAAAAUGAACUGUUUAAACAAACUGACAACCCUGAAGGAUCAUGGAUUAGAACUGUUCAGAACAAACUACACAAGAUCAUGGGGUUUGCUUUGCCCCUGUUUCAUGCCAGGGGAGUUUUUCAGUACAAUUUUGGCGUAAUGCCCUAUAGGAAAGCCAUCCACACUGUUGUUGGCCGCCCGAUCCCUGUUCGUCAGACUCUGAACCCGACCCAGGAGCAGAUUGAGGAGUUACAUCAGACCUAUAUGGAGAAACUUAGGAAAUUGUUUGAGGAGCGCAAAGGAAAGUAUGGCGUUCCAGAGCACGAGACUCUUGUUUUAAAAUGACUUGACUAUAAAAAAAAAUUAAAAAAUAAAAAUAAAUGAC